AUGGAUUCUUCUUCUUCAAUUAGAGUAGCAAAAGUUGCCAAAGAACUUAUUGCGCUUUAUGGCGAAGGCCAUAUCAUAUUAAAACCGCGGGCUGGUAAACUCGGUUUAGGAACAGCUUAUGUACAUGGAUUACAAUUUGUUACGGGAAAUUUUGUGAUUAUAAUGGAUGCGGAUUUUUCUCAUCACCCAAAAUUCAUUCCAGAAUUUAUCAGAACCCAAAAAUCUCAUAAUUAUGAUGUUGUCACCGGAACAAGAUAUAGUGGUAAUGGGGGUGUAUAUGGAGCAAAUUUUCUAGCUUCAACUUUGCUUCGUCCAAGAGUUUCUGAUCUUACUGGAAGUUUUAGAUUAUACAAAAAAGAAGUUCUAGAAAAAAUUAUUUCGGUAGUAAUUUCCAAAGGAUACGUAUUUCAAAUGGAAAUGAUGGUUAGAGCAAGGCAAUUUGGUUAUACCAUUGGGGAAGUUCCUAUUACUUUCGUGGAUAGAGUUUAUGGUGAAAGUAAAAUGGGUGCAAAUGAAAUUAUACAAUUCGCUAAAGGUGUUUGGCAAUUGUUUAUAUCAGUUUAA